ACUGGGAACUGACUUCAGUCAUGGCAGACGCUUUGUCCUUCCUGGAAGAGGAUUUUACAUGUCUCAUCUGUUGUGAUGUCUUCACCGAUCCGGUCACUUUGAAAUGUAGCCACAGUUUGUGUGACAAGUGUCUUCAGCAUUUCUGGACGACUCAAGAUGUGCCGCGGUGUCCGGUCUGUCGGAAGGAAUGCUCUCACGACGAACCCACCAAGAGCCUGGCGUUCAGAGCACUCUGUGAGUCCUUCAAGAAGAGGAAACCCUCCGCUGUUUCAGCAGACGUUUGUCCAGAACAUGAAGAAAAGUUAAAACUCUUCUGCUUUGUGGACAAGAAGCCCAUCUGUGUGGUCUGUUACACAUCAAAGAAGCACGAAGAUCACAAGUGUUCACCUGUCAACGAGGCUGCUGGGAAUUUAAAGGAGGAUCUCAAGACACAACUGAACAGAUUACAGACGACAUUCGAUGACCUCAAGAAAGCCCAUGAGAGCUGUGUCAAACAGGUUGAGAUCAAUAAGGAAUGCACCAGUAUGGAUGAAAACCAGAUAAAGGAGGAAUUUGAGAAAUUCCAUCAGUUUCUGAGAGACGAGGAGGAGAAAUGGAUCAGAUCCUUGCAUAAAGAAAAGAAACCUCAAGAUGAGAAACUCCAGGCGAGAAUGAAGGAGCUCUCCACACAGAUAUCAUAUUUGUCUGAGACGAUGGCAGCCGUCUGGCAGGAAAUAGAAACUGAAAACAUCACAUUUCUCCAGAAUUACAGUGAUACUUUAAAAAGACUCCAAUACCUAUCAGUAGGAAACACAGUCCCUGAACUACAGGAGUAUCAACACUAUCCCAUUCAUACAAUGGUCUUCACCACAUGGGUCAAAAUGCAGAACCUCAUUGAACAGCCUCCUGUGACUCUGGACCCAGACACAGCAUCCAGUAAACUGCAGGUGUCAGAGGAUUGCACCAGUGUUCAGUAUGUGAAAAAUAAAACGAGUGUGUUUGAUAACCCAGAGAGAAUGAAUGUGGGAGUGCUGGGCUCACAGGGCUUCAGCUCAGGUGUGCACUGCUGGGACGUGGAGGUAAAAAACAACAGUCACUGGACGCUGGGAGUGGUGUCGGAAAAAGUAGACCGCAAAAAAAAUUACAUAUUGUAUCCGAAGAAACAUUUUUGGUGUUUUCGUUUCAUGAAUUCUACAUACAAGCAAGGAAAUGAUCCUGUCAGCAAUAUUAGUUACUCUGAGAGGCCAAGUAUCAUCCGACUGCAGCUGGACUUUGAUGAAGGAGAGCUGAGAUUCAUCGACCCUUCUAGAAACAGGAUUCUGUGCACCUACACUGGUAGAUUUCCAGAUAAAGUGUUCCCAUAUUUCUGUACUGAAGAUAUGUUCAGCUCACUUAACAUUUUCUUUUCAAAUAAACAAACAUUGUAAACCACAACUUACACA